UAGCACAAAAGCAUCUUGUUUUAAUCCAGAGUACAGCAACCACAGCAGCGAGCAGAGAGAGGAGUCUCCCCGGCGGCAGCUGUAAAAUUAACGGCAGAGAGCAGCGGCGGAGAUAAACAACCGGUGACGGCAGCGUCAGCAGCACAGGGCAAAGGACGGAUUUCGGAUUCCAGCUUUUGCUUUUUACAUUUACCUAUAUCUGACAAAAAUAUCAAUGGGAGCCUCCAGUAGACCGAAGUUGUCAGGGUUGCAAAAGCAAGUGCUUGCUCUUUAUAGAGAAUUUCUGCGAGCAGCUCGGGCCAAAUCAACUGAAGAUCGAAAGCAAAUUGAAUUAAUUGUUUCUGAACAGUUUCGUCGCCAUUCAACCCAAGUAGAUCGCAAAAAUUUUCUUUAUAUUGAACACCUGCUUCGUCGUGGAAAGCACCAACUUGAUCAGCUAAAAAACCCAGCUACUGUUGGACUAUCAUCCUUGAAUGUAAAAGUUUCAGAUGCCAAGCACAGCUAAGAUACAAACAGGGUUAGAAAAUUGAAUAACAUUUUCUAAUGGUGUUUUUAUUGGUUGGGAAGCAAAGGUAAUCAAAUGAUCAAUUAUAACAAUGGCAAAUCAUCUCUGUGUGAGAGAUUUUAAUAUUUGCUUUGUACUAUAUAUAGGGUGUGGAUACAAUACAAUUAUUUUUUAAAUAAAAUAAUAUACCCCUAUCGAAGCUCAAA